AUUUUCAGAGUCAUCCCCUGUACUACUCCUCACAUGCAGUCUGGGACACUAUGUUUAUUUAGUUUAAAACCAAUAUACCCUUUUAUUUUCAUUCGUUUCCCACAAAACAGGGUCGACAGCAUCCUAAACUCUGGGCCAAAUAAAGUCAAUUAUCUCACACCGGUAGUGAAACUGAAACUAAACGAACUGAGAGAAACUUACCCCAUUCUCUGGAACCUUGGCUGGUAUUGCUGCUGCGCCGGAUACAACAGAACAGGCAGAUCAUUCAACACACGACGAAAAAGAAAACUCAACAAAAACAUUUAGAUUCCUCUUUGUUGAGUUCAGUUUGUGAAGGUUUUGUGGCACCGACAGACUUGUUGCAGCGUCCACGAUGGCCUGUUGGGAUAGUCCUACCAUCGUUUUCUUUGAUCUGGAGACCACAGGAUUGUGCGUUAAACGGUGUCACAUCACCCAGUUGGGGGCGAGCUAUGAAGAUUACAACUUCGAUCAAUACAUCCUCCCCCGCAUCCCUAUCCAGGAGAAAGCUUCAGAGUUGACGGGCAUGACAGUCAGUGGGGGCCGCCUGUUUGUCUACGGACAGCGUGUGAAAACUGUGUUUGUUUAUCGCGCUCUAAAAUCUUUCAUCAACUUCCUUGGCGACUUCCACGGCCCCGUGCUGCUGGCGGCCCACAAUUCAAGGAGAUUUGAUGAACUUGUGCUCAUGAGAUUGCUGGCCAAGUUCUCCCUCUUUAAGCGGUUCAAAAAGGUGGUGUCUGGGUUUGUGGAUACCUUACUGCUGAGCAAGGACCUCUACCCUGAUCUGCAUGGUUAUUCUCUGCAGAAACUGGCCCACCGUUUCCUGGGUGGGGAAUACAAUUGCCAUAAUGCCGUCGACGAUGCCGAACUGCUGGAAAAACUGUUCAAUAUUUGGGAUCCCAACGAUGAAGACAUCUGGAACGUUACCAAGUGGAUCUAAACAUUAAAAAAAAGCUACAGAUGUUUUUAUAUUAAAGGAAAUCUUUUUUGUUUAUAGGUUCAAUAUGACAAUCAAUUACCUUAUACAUAUAUUGUGGGGGAAUACAGAAAAAGUCAAUUCUAGAAUAACUACCAUGGACAUUGGAGAAGAAACUGAAGUCUUUCCCCUUGGGGUUUUUAACUCUCCAUGGGUCUACAAGACCCAAUCCAGAAAUACAAUUAUUUAACAUGUGUCUUAGGGCUUGGAGGUCCCUUUUCCAUUGGUGUCCUAUCCAUCUUUCCAUCUUGUACUGCAUUAAAGUCUCCUCCUAUUAUCAACAUUCCUUUGGAAUUAUCUGUUAUAUUAUUUGCCAGCUCUUUGAAAAAACUUGGGUCAUGCUCAUUUGGGGCAUAUAUAUUUAGAAUCGAGAAUUCAAGUUCUCCCACAAUUCCCACUACCAUCACAAAUCUUCCUAAUUUGUCCUGUACCACCUUUUCAGUAUUGAAAGCCACAGUUCUGUUUAUUAAAAUGGCCACCCCUCUUUUCUUUCCAUGUGAAGCACUAUAUACUAGGCUAACCCAUUCCCUUCUUAAUUUCUUAUGUUCAUUUUCAUUUAAAUGAGACUCUUGUAACAGAGCAAUUGAACAAUGUGUUUUUUUCAGCUGAUUGAAUAUUUUUUUCCACUUUAUGGGAUGAUUUAAACCAUGGACAUUAUAGCUGACUAUAUUUAACUUAUUCAUAUAGACGACUGUACCCCUUCUUACUUUUUAAAAUAAACACCCUUUCUUCUAUAUAAACAUGAUGCACCUUAUAUGACUGCACAGAUAAACCGUUGACAUUUAUAAACAAACAAUGUAAAGAACAAUAACACACAAUCAACAGGAAGAAAGAACUGACUUCCAAAAAACCGACUGAUUUAAAACACAUCAGUCUCCACAGGGACGGAGAGUUGUGACCGGUCUCUCCGGGUGUGUGCACUAUGUGCGAGAGGCUAUACGCAAGUCCAACGUCUUUGCUAUGGCCUGUAGGCUGCAGGAUCGCCAAAAAGUAGGAAAUAACAUAAUGGACCGGGGUGGUUUCUUCGGGUCUUUGGGCUUCAUGGUCAGAGAACGAUGUGCUCUCUCGAUGUUCAAGUUCAGGUCCUCAGGCAACGCAAGUGAUGUUCGAAUAAGGUCGCUUAUGAAAUCCAACAUGUUGUUGUCAUUUCCUUCAUCCUCUUUCACUCCGUAGAUGCGUAGGUUUUUCCUUCUCGCUCUUGAUUCGAGAUCCUCGCACUUGGCAGUUACGCUAGCUUCUCGGUGGAGCAGAUAGCGGAGGGCUCUUUCAUUUCGCUGAUUUUUUUCCUCCGUGUCAACCAGUCUCUCUUCAUCGUCUGUCAUUCGUUGUUCAAGUUGUGUUGUCCUGUCCGCCACCUCACUAAGAGUAGUUUCUACCCUCGUUAAGGAUUCUUUGGUUUCCUUAGAAGCUUCAGUGUGCUCUUUCCUUAAUAUGCGUAGCUCGGUUAGCACCGCCGCCAUGCUAGCAUCUUAGCUUAGCCCAGAAUCAGUUUGUUGGUCUUUAGUCGUCUUUGGUGGUUUGGUGGUCUUCUUUUCCGAUUCUUUUCGAGUAUUCGACAUAAUGAUUACUUGGUAUGACUGUUUUUAAUUAAAAAGGAAAAUUAAAUUACGUUUUGGCUAGUUUUUAAAAGACUCUCCUCAGGAGCUUUGAAGUCAGGCUGUUGCCUUGGUCAUGACGUCACCGGAAGUCUUGUUUUGUGUUUUCAUCAUGCACCCACAGGUGGUGGUACAGAUCGACAUAAAUACACUGUGAUUUUUAGCAAAAUAAUGCAUGUUACACUUUGAACUCUAUGUUAAAUACUGCUCAUACUGUUCGAUGUUCUGUGUCAUGCUCGAAAGUGUUUUUGAACACUUUUGAAUUUUUUAUUUCCUUGAAACUGUAGCACAAUGUUCCCACGAAUUACGAUUAAACUUUAAUUUGAUUCUUCUA